AAACUACCUUCCAACUCACCUGUUCGUCCCGCCUACGACCGCACUUCACCGGAGCAACAUGCCUGGAAACAAUACACUGGAUAUGCAGAAGUCCACUAACGUGGUUUACCAGGACCAUCAUGUCAGCCGCAGUAAAAGAGGGCAAGUUGUAGGCACCAGAGGAGGAUUUAGAGGAUGUACAGUCUGGCUCACAGGUCUAUCUGGGGCUGGUAAGACAACAGUAGGAUUCGCUUUAGAGGAAUAUCUGGUCUCGCAUCGCAUUCCCUGCUACUCUCUGGAUGGUGACAACAUCCGUCAUGGUCUGAAUAAAGAUUUGAGCUUCACCUCAGAGGAUCGAGAGGAAAACAUUCGGCGUAUUGCAGAAGUGGCCAAACUGUUUGCAGAUGCUGGACUCGUUUGCAUCACAAGUUUCAUCUCACCAUUUACCAAAGACCGUGCAGAAGCUCGAAUCAUUCAUGAGAAAGCUGGUUUGCCCUUUUUUGAGGUGUUUGUGAACGCUCCUCUGGACGUGUGUGAAAGCAGAGAUGUUAAAGGACUGUACAAAAAAGCAAGAGCUGGACAGAUUAAAGGCUUCACUGGUAUUGACUCUGAGUAUGAGCAUCCGGAGGCUCCAGAGCUGGUGUUGAGGACUGGAGAGCUCACCGUCAACGAGUCCAUUCAGCAGCUGGUAGAGCUUCUGAAGAAGCAUAGCAUCAUUCCCAGUGGAGUAGUGGAGGAGAUUAAUGAACUCUUUGUGCCAGAGAACAGACUCAAGCUGGCACAGGCAGAAGCCAGCACCCUGCCCUCUAUCAGCAUCACCAAGUUGGACUUACAGUGGGUGCAGGUGUUGGCUGAAGGAUGGGCCAGUCCUCUGAAGGGCUUCAUGAGGGAGAGAGAAUACCUCCAAGCCAUUCAUUUCGACACCCUUCUGGAAGGUUGUGCCAUUAAUCUCUCGGUGCCCAUUGUCCUUCCUGUUGCCACUGAGAUUAAAGAGCGUCUGCAAGGCACCGCAGCUGUGGCUCUGAAGUACCAGGAAAAACCCAUCGCCAUCUUGCGCAACCCUGAGUUCUACGAGCAUCGAAAGGAAGAGCGAUGUGCACGCCAGUGGGGGACAACCUGCCCCAAACACCCUUAUAUAAAAAUGGUUUUGGAAAGCGGUGAUUGGCUGGUAGGAGGUGACCUGGAGGUUUUGGAGCGAAUCAAAUGGAACGAUGGGUUGGAUCAGUAUCGUCUCACUCCACGGGAGCUGAAGCAACGUUUUAAAGAGAUGAAAGCAGACGCUGUGUUCGCUUUUCAGUUAAGGAACCCGGUGCACAAUGGCCAUGCUCUGCUAAUGACGGACACACGUCGAAGAAUAAAUGAGCGCGGGUAUCGAAGGCCUGUGCUGCUUUUGCAUCCAUUGGGUGGCUGGACCAAAGACGAUGAUGUGCCUCUGGAGUGGAGGAUGAAACAGCAUGCGGCUGUGAUGGAGGACGGCGUUUUAGACCCUAAAUCCUCCAUUGUGGCUAUCUUUCCUUCUCCUAUGAUGUAUGCUGGGCCUACUGAGGUUCAGUGGCAUUGUCGUGCAAGGAUGGUGGCAGGGUGUAAUUUCUACAUUGUGGGUCGUGAUCCUGCUGGGAUGCCUCAUCCUGAGUCCGGGCAGGACCUGUAUGAACCAACUCAUGGUGCUAAAGUUCUGUCCAUGGCUCCUGGACUCAACUCUGUGGAGAUUAUUCCCUUCAGAGUGGCUGCAUACAACAAGACCAAGAGGGCUAUGGACUUUUAUGACAAAGACAGACAUGCUGAGUUUGAGUUCAUCUCCGGGACUAAGAUGCGCAAGCUUGCCCGCAGUGGAGAAAACCCUCCUGAUGGCUUCAUGGCCCCUAAAGCCUGGAAGGUUCUCACAGAGUAUUACACUUCCCUACAGAAAGUCCAGUGAUGAAACAUGUGGAAACACAACACACCGAAGACCUCAGAGCAACACAGAAGCACUAAACUACUUAAAGGCAUUGACAAAUGAAGGUGCACAUUUACAACAAGCUGGUAACCGAGAAGAAUUGAAGAAUUGUUUUACUACACCAUUGUUUUUUUAAUACGAACAUGUUUUCUCAACUGUGAAAUUUAAACUGAUGUGCCUUGACUAACAUUCCCAAAGAGAUUAUUACCUUGCAUUAUAAAAUGUGCCUUUUAUGCAUUACAGUGAAAUAUUAUAUUAUUUGUAAAUUGAAUGAAGCAAUUACUGUACUGGUUAAUGGUGUUGGGGACUGUAAGAGGUUUUUUAUGUUUUAAGAUGCAGUAUAGAUUUUAAUAUUGUGACAUAUUAAAACAAUUUGGCAUUUUCUAUUAUAUAUACUUCUUACCUAAAAAACAUACUAAUAUGAUUUUUUCCCCAGAAACUUCAAAAAGAACAACAUUUGCUUAAAUAUUAACAUUUUCUGUAACAAAAUAUUUACUGCCACCUUAAAUCAAUGAAUUGCUUAUUGGAUAUUUUUAUAAUUUUAUUUUUAUAUGACUUAAAAAAAAAUCUUACUGACCCCAAACUUCUCAUGACCAGAAUCCUUUUACAUUUUUAACCUCUCAUGAACAGAUUUAACAUUUUGGGAUCAUAUUAGGGGGACAGAAAGACAUACUAGAGCAAAGAAAUAUUUAUUUUAUUAUAAGACAAUAUUAAAUAAUACUAUUUUAUUAAAGAUGUAAAAAACACAAUAUAAUGUCUCUGAGAUUUCUGUAUAUCUUAUUCGUUUUAAUAAAAUCUUUGUACUGUGAUUACAUAA